AUGUUAGACAGAGGGGGGAUAUCUACGAAAAAACAAAUCAUAACACUCUCUGUUUGGGAUAUAAAAAAGUAUACAAACCUAAGUAUUAAUGAUAUUUUGUUUGUUAAAAAUAUUGUUUCUAAUUCUGUAUGUCCUAAUGUCGUUACUGGAAGUAUUUUAAAAAGUGAAAAUAGUUGUGGACAUACACAUGUUAGCACAGGAUGUAAUGUUAUAGACGGUGUUUUAAAAGGUGGUUUCCGCAGAGGUACUUUAACAGAAAUUUAUGGUGAAAGUGGAUGUGGCAAGACACAAUUAUCCUUACAGGUAGCUCUUAACAAUUGGAGAGAUGGCUGCCUUUUCAUUUGUACAGAAGAUUUAUUCCCAGUUAAAAGGUUUGAAGAACUAAAGAGAGCUCUACCUACAUUUGAUAGUGACAUAGACUAUGGAAAAAAUGUGUUUGUAGAACAUAUAACUGAAGCAAGUGAACUGUUAGCUUGUAUUCGUCUCCGCUUACCAAAACUAUUAGUUAAACAUAAAUUGUCAAUUGUGAUUAUAGAUUCUAUAGCUGCACCAUUCCGGUGUGAGUCAACUAACUACAUAAAAAGAGCAGAAGAAUUAAGAGAAAUUGCUAUAAUAUUAACUGAAAUUGCUCAAAAACAUAACUUGGCUAUACUCUGUAUAAACCAAGUUACAGCAUCUUUUGAUGAAUCCAAUACACUGUUACCAUCUUUGGGAUUAGCAUGGUCGAAUAUGAUUUCUACAAGAAUAAUGAUAAAAAAAACUAUGACGGUAAUUGAUAAAAAAAAUCAGCAUAAUUGUUAUAUGAGAGAAUUAUUAGUAAUGUUUGCUCCUGAUUUAUCUAAUAUGGUGACUGAGUUUGUUAUAACGAGUAGAGGAAUACAACCCAUCAACUUUUCAAAAUAA